UUCAACCCUUCCCAUCGAACUAGCACCUUCCACACCAAGCUCGCACCACCUUCACGCCAUCUCCGGCGAGCACGCCACCAUCUCGCCUUCACAACGGGGAGUCAGCCUAGCCACAGCUCACGGCCUUCACAUCGAGCCUGCCGCCAACAAGCCAGCUCCGACGACCUCCUUCCCAGCUCCGACGGCAACAUCCCAAACUUAUGUCGACGACCUUCUUCCAGCUCUAUUACUAAUAUGCUUAAGUCAUGAUAUUGUUAUAAUGACGUUGUUUUACUCAGUACCGAUCUUUGCGGAGCAUA